GCGAGCCAUGUCGUGUCUGUCCCUCCCAGCGAAAUGGACCGGCCCCGGUCUCUACUGGCAGUGCUCUGGGCUAUGGAGGCCACCGUGGCAGUGGCGCUGCGCAUUGGAGCCUUUAACAUCCAGAGUUUUGGCGACAGCAAAGUGUCAGACUCGGCUUGCGGCGGCAUCAUUGCGCAAAUCCUGGCUGGCUAUGACGUGAUGCUUGUGCAGGAGGUGCGAGACCCUGACCUGAGCGCAGUCUCUGCGCUCAUGGAGCAGAUCAACAGCGUGUCCAGUCACCAGUACAGCUUCGUGAGCAGUGAGCCCCUGGGGCGGGACCAGUACAAGGAAAUGUACCUGUUCAUUUAUAGAAAGGAUGUGGUGUCAGUUGCAGAUACGUACCAGUACCCUGACCCGGAGGACACCUUUAGUCGUGAACCUUUCGUGGUCAAAUUCUCAGCGCCUAACUCCGGUGAGCCCCGCCCCACGCAGACCCCACCCCUCCUGCAGGCCCCACCCGGCCUCUGAUACCUAACCCCUCCGCCAGCUGCCAAGGAAUUGGUGCUAGUUCCACUGCACGCUGCGCCACACCACGCAGUAGCCGAGAUCGACGCUCUCUACGACGUCUAUCUGGACGUGAUCGACAAGUGGGGCACCGACGACAUGCUGUUCCUGGGCGACUUCAACGCUGACUGUAGCUAUGUGCGGGAACAAGACUGGGCGGCCAUCCGUCUGCGCAGCAGCGAGAUCUUCAAGUGGCUCAUUCCGGACAGUGCUGACACCACGGUAGGCAACUCAGACUGUGCGUACGACCGCAUUGUCGUCUGUGGUGCCCACCUGCGUAGGAGCCUGAAGCCCCAGUCGGCCGCUGUGCACAAUUUCCAGGAGGUAUUCGGCCUGGACCAGACUCAGGCCCUUGCCAUCAGUGACCAUUUUCCAGUGGAGGUGACUCUCAAAUCCCACUGACAGCUGAGGACUGGCCAGGGCAUGCUCCCUGUAGAGUGGCCAUGAGGAACAGACCCACAAGGCUCCUUCAGGGUGGCUGGCCUACCCCCAGCAAGGCUGCAGGGCAGGGUCAACUGGGCCUGGACAGGUGGCCGUUGACAUGUUACCGGACCACUCAGAGCCUGUUUCCCCAUCUGUAAAAUGGCCUACCACCACCUACAUCACAGGGGUGUGGAGUACCCCAGAGCACUGGGCAUGGCUCUGCUCAAUAAAUGUGUACUUGGCUAGGACCACAAACAGGCUGGCUUGCAGGCCUCCAUGUCCUUUCUUCUGAGUCUCUGUGGCACAAACCUUGGUCCUGCAGCCCAGUGAGUACUUUAUGUAACAGGCAGUUGAGCCUGCCCAUUUCACAUCCUGCUGGGAACUACCACCUCCAGACUGUUGUAAAUGCUUCAAGAACUUGUACUGAAUGAAUGGGGAUCAGCACUCACACAGGAAUAUUGUUGACUUGAAGGCCAACCUCCCAGACCAACGUCCCCUCGCAGUCCGACUCCCUGGUCCUGCAAGAAUCCUUAGGUACUGGUCCGUGCCAGGUAUUCUAUCCAGCAUUGCGGGGCAUCAGGUUAAAGUCCUGCCCACAGAACCUGCACACCUCCUGGUGGUACAGCCCUUCAACAGUGCCUUCCUGGGUGGGUUUGUCCUCAGGAGCCCUGGGCUGGGCAAAGGCUUGUCUGGGAGGACAGUGGCCUGUGUGCAAGGUAACCCAUGACCUGAGGAUCAGGAACAAGCAGAGCUGGGGUGCACAGCAUAACUGACAGGAGCCUGAUGAGAUCUCUGGUUUUUGAAACAUCUCGUCUUUGGAAGGAUUUGGUAACUGUCCUGAAGGGUAUGGGAGGAAAGGCCUUUGUAUCAAAAGUGUAAACAAGUUUUUCUUGACAAAUCUUCCUAAAACAAGAUCUAGG